AUGUCGGAUUUGCCAGAACCAGCAGUUUCUGCUGAACUUAAGGCUUGGCUAUUCAAUGCCAUUACUGAGUCCAUACCCAAAGCUUUAGCGGCCUUCCGCGAACAGACAGUCCCUGCCCCUACGGCAACCAUUACCCAACUCUCAGACUCUGAGGAUUCUCAUGGUUCAGAACGUGAUGAAGCCCAUCGCAAACGCCCUUGGAAGGGCGAUAGCGCUACCGCCGUUAAAGGCAAAGCGCCUGCCAAACACCCUAAAGUUCCCUAUUCUAAACCCAGGCAGGCCAUUUCCCAAAAUGAUUUUGCCCCAUUUGAGGUUUCAACCUCUAAUUAUAAUCUCCAAGUGGUAGACGAAUACUACGCAGAACACUCGGAUAACGAUGCUCCACCUCAUAAGACAUCCCGAGACCUUUAA